AUGGACAUCAAUUUGUCAAACUUUCAAAUUCCGCGGCAACCAAUCCAGCCGGACGAUUACGGUGAAAUAAGAUUGAGGAGUGGCUUAUGGAUCCGGAAUCGUUCUGAUAAUGACGGCAACAAUACCCCGAUUGGCGAAGAGGAUACUUUUGAAAGAUUGGAAAAUGACAUACGUGGUGGAAUGGAUCACGAUGAAGAUCCAUCUGAGAAGAAAUAUCAUGUGGAUAACAACGAUAAUAGUGGACAAAUAGAUCGUGUGCUCAUUCCAGUUAAUUUACUUUCCAACUGCCAAGAAGAUGCUGAAAUUCAUCUGGAGGUUUCAAGGAUUGGAAAUGAUAGUAAUGAGUCGGAGGACAAUACAACACAAGAAACUAUUAAUCAAGAUAUAAUUCUACUGGGAGAGGAAAACAAUCUUCCAAUUUCAAAUCAAUAA